AGCAUAGAACACUACCACUAUUUGCAGAUCCAAAAGAGAGAAGAACACGAACUUCUUACUUCUCUUGACAAUAGCGUUCACCUUAAUCCUUUCUUUUUUCAAACCUCAAAAACUGUUUAUUUGAGGAGUAUCAUAUAAGCAACUUCUCCUUUUGAACCCAAAAUCUAAAAAAAUCUUCAACUUUGUCGCUAAUCAUUUCCCAAUGUCAUAAAAAAAGGCAACUUUUGCAUCAUUAUUUCAGGAUCUGAAGGACUCAUCUCUCUUGUACCAGAAGUUGAAUUAUUGAUAAAGAUUAGAUUUUCCCAGAAGUGGUUCACUCUCAUAUAAGUGAAGAUUUAAGGAAAUUCAUCAUGUACAAGAUGUCACCCCGUAGGGUCCAGAGAUCGAAAGGUUUCAAGGUAAAGCAUGCUCUGCAGAUAACGCUAUUGGUUGGUGUUUGUAUCUGGCUGCUUUACCAAGUCCAACAUUCCCGUAACAAGAAGGCAGCAUUUGAAGAAAACACCAAAAUCUCUCAGAAGUUACAGAAUGGGAAUGAAAUCGUUAAGUUAGGGAGGAAGGAUAUUCAUCCUCAUUUCCAUCCUCAUUUGGAGGAAGAGACCACUGAGGAUGAGAGGCACAAGGUGGAAGAAGAAGAAGAAGAAAACAAACUGUACCGUGAAGAAAGCAAGCCCGAGGAGGGUGAGAGUGAAGAAAAAGCGGUUGGAGAUGAUGAAAUGCGUGAUGAUCAAGAGAAAGAAAGAGAGGAAAGUGAGCAUAGAGAGGAGUCUGUAGAUAGAGAAAAGGAAAUGGAGGAGAACAAGGAGAAGGAAAUACAUGUGGUGGAGAAGGAAGAAAACAUUGAGAACAAGAAUAAAGAGGAAGGUGAAGAUGGCAAGGAGAAAGAAGGUGGAGGGGAGACUCAGGAGAGUGAACAGAACAAAGAAGAGAAUGAAGAGAAGGAAAAUAAAGAGGAUGAUAGGGAAGAGAGGAAAGAAAAGCAGAGUGGAGAGGAAAGUGAACCAAACAAAGAGAGAGAAAAUGUAGAGAAUAAGAGUGAAGAGAAGGAAAUGAAAGAAGAGAAGGGAGAGGGAAACGAUAACAGAAGUGAAGAGACUAAAGAGAAGGAAAGUGAAGCGAAGGAAAUUGAGCAGAAUGAAGCUGGUAGAGGGACAGAAAAUGAAGAGAAAGAAACGGAAGAGAGUAAAGAGAAGGAGAUGGAUGGCAAAGAGGGGGAAAAUGAAAUAGAGAAGAACGAGAAGGAAGGUAAGAUUGAAAAUGUUGUUUCGUCAGAGGAUCAGGUCCUUGAUGGAAAUGAUGGGAAAAAUGAGGAGGCAACAGAGGAGCACCAGAAGGGAGAUGAUUCUUCCAGUGAAGUGGUACAGGAUUCUCAAAAUACGACUGACGUCACUGAACAUGAGAAAGUUUCAGACAACUCAAGUGAGGAAGAGCAAUUAAAGAGCAAGGAAUCCAACAAUUCUGAGGAGAACAAUACAAGUAACACAGAAGUAAUUAAUGUAAAUCACGAGUCGGACUCCAGUGAGAGAGAGAGUGAAGCAGUUGAAAAUAACAAUCCUUCAAAUUCAACUGCCAAUGAAGAGAAGGGUAACGAGACCAUUCUACUGGAGACAGAGAAUAGCUCCCAUCCUAAUACAACAGGAAUGGAAGACUUUAAUGAACAGCAGCAAGCAAGCGAUAACUCCUUGCCAAUUGAUGCAGGAAACUUCAAUUCAUCCUUACAAAAUGUAGGUGACAUGACUAAUUCUUCUCAAAAUCAAGACAGCACAUUCGAAAACACUGUUUCUGAAAGAGACAACAUGCAUACUACUUUAAAGGAGCAAACUGAGAAAACGGACACAAUUGGCAGCAGUGAAAAUUCAGAAUCAGCAAAUCCUUCCACGACAACUGAGAAUACGGACUCAGCAAAUGGAGAAUUCACAGAUUCUUCGAAUAAUGCCGAAUCUGUUGUUUUGAAUGGACAUAAUGUCCAAGCAGAGAACAGUUCCGAAACAUCAACCACAAAUGAGAAUGAUGACGUGGUCCCAAACAAGAAGUCUGGUACUGAUUCUGAACCAGGAGCAGAAGAAAAGGCGACAACCUUUAAUGAAAAUGAAAAUGCAGAUGCAGGCAGAAACGAAUCAGCUAAUCAUGAGAAAGAGGCAUCCUCAAACUCAAAUGAAAGCACCGAUGCCUCCCAGCACGAUGCAGUUGAUUCUUCCGAUUCUUCAGUCCUACAAGAAGAAAAAGAUGCUCGCACAGAUCUGGGAACCUUGCCAGAUAUCCAAACUGGUGUUACCAGCAACAAUGAAGACGCGGUCGCAAAGUGACAUCUUCUCACAAGCUGGGUGUAAGUUUGCAUUGUCAGAUGGCAAUUCAUAAUCAUUAAGAUUGUUGUUAUUUUUUAUUUUUUCUCUUACGUUCUUGAUUCCAAAGGUAAACAAUCGAAUUUGUAGUAUGCAUGACCUUUUGAAAUUUGCUGGUUUGUGCUUUUUAUCGUAUAA